AAGAGUUUUGACCAAAUUCUAUUUUGUCAACCAAGAAUUAUGUGAAGUUUCCCAAUUGACAUGAUUCAUACUUGAUUCACUUUCUCCAACAUUCAAUUAUUGGUAGUGUAAGGCUCUAUUGUAUACUUUCUGUAUUUUCAGGAGGAUUGCAAGGGGCUAAUUAUCAAUCUGUAGGAGCCUUCAUUGAGAAACAGGCUUCUUUCCAUAACACAGCAUACCAGAGACCACACUCAAUGCAUGACAGCCAUGCACCAAUGCAUGAUGUCAAUGCAACAAGAAGAGGCACACAUAUAGUGGCUCACCACCCUGACCAUGAGGCAAACUAUAACACACAUGGGCCUGUGAAUAGAAGACUUGAUGCAUCCAAUACUCAACUCAUUGCAAGGGAAAACACUAACUCAACUGUUCUCAACAGUGCAGUCUCUUCAGAUCACUUUCAAUGCGAGAUAUGUAUGAAGAAAUUUGCAAGUAAUAUAACACUGAAUAUACAUAGAAAUAUACAUACUGGUAAAAAGAAGAGUUGUAAAAUAUGUAAUAAGUCAUUUACAGACCCUGGAAACCUAAGUAGACAUAAGAAGAGAUAUAAUCAUUUUUGAAUGGAUGCGAGGACAUAUCUUAAAAGGUGAUAUUGUCUUGCUGUAAUCAUUAAACCAUCCCUUUAAAGCAACGACAACUCAUUAUAAUCAUAAGAUCAUCUAUUAAAGGGUUAUGACAACUUAUCAUAGUUGUUAAAACAUCUCUCUAAGGAUGAUUACUUAUUAUAGUUAUUAGAACAUCUCUUAAAGGGUGAUGACAACUUGUUAUAAUCAUGAAACCAUCUCUUGAUAGAUGAUUACAAUUUAUUAUAGUCAUUGGACAAUCACUUAAAGGAUGAUUACAAUUUAUUAUAGUCAUUGGACAAUCACUUAAAGGAUGAUUGCAAUUUAUUAUAGCCAUUGGACAAUCUCUUAAAGGAUGAUGACAACUUAUUAUAGUCAUUGGACAAUCUCUUAAAGGGUUCCGAUUAGCAUCCCGUAUAAAAACAAUAUGGCGGCUCCAGGCGAAUCAACUGGAUCAGUCCAUUUUUAAGAAAUAAGGGGAGUUCUGUAAAAUCCAGUUUAUUGAAAUUGUCUUUGAGA